UGUCAGGGAAACAGAGAUGCUGUUGUGUCCAGAGCUCUUGUUUGGUACAGUCAUAGCUGCUUUGUUAUGGAUCCAAGGAUGAGUGCACCUUCACCACCUGUCCUGGGUUGCUGCAACUUGUCAGGCCUUGGAGGAUCACUUGGAGAAAGUGAAGCAUCCACACUAACUCCUUCCCUUUCCAUCUGAAACAAGAAGGACAUGGUUCCCUCUUGUCUCCAGGAGCUGAUGAGGGUGAUGCCUCAGGCAGUACAGCCGAGGCUUUCCUGGCAUGUGGUGCAGGAAGCACAGCUCCUCCAAGAAGAUGCCAGAGGAACGAGCUCUGACCUGCGUCUCUCUAGGACAGGGACAGGAGACAGGAGAGCCCUUGGAGACACCAUCACCUUUUCCUAGCACAGUGCUAACCUCACAUCAGCCAAGGGAAGCCUCUGACUUUGGUCCAGCAACUACUGCCAUUCCUCAGACAAGCUUGGAGAAAAACUUGACUGCUGCAACAAUCAGUGCCACUGGGGCCCACACUACAGAGGUGGAGAAUGCCUUCAUCCCUACCACCCCCAUGGCAGGCUCCAAGGCAGAGAGACUGCAGGCUUCCACCACUGCCAGCCCCGGGGACAUCACAGUUACACAUCCUGAGCACCACAACACGAGCUUAUCAGUCAACAGCAGCACUGAAAUCCCCUCCCCUACCCCAACUGCCAGCACUCUGGAAGAAAACCAGCCCAGCCACGAAGCCACAGAGCCUUUCAGCACAACUGAAGAAACGGAUGGGGCCACCAGUGCAACCCCCUCGCUUCCUCUGAACACUGUGCCGGCAACAACUAAUAGCUCUCAGCUGGGGCCUUUUGAUGAGCAGACGGUGGGGCCCACAGCAGCAAGGUCUGAAACCUGGCCAGGAACGAGCCCUGUGGGUGCCACAGAGGAGAGCACUGUGGAGCCCAGAACCUCCUCUGCUCCCAUCUCCACCGUAGGGAGCCCGUCCUCUGCCACUGCCCCCAGGACUGUGACGGUGAGACCCCUCAUGACCAGCUCCACGUCUGCCAGCACAGCUGCUAUGCCCACCAGCACGUCUACACUGGCGCCGUCAUCAGAGCCCAGGCAUGAGAAAGCUUCUGUGCUGGAUGUUGGUGAUGAUGAAAAUUCAGAGCAACCCAAUCUGGCUGAUACAGCACGGGCUGAUCCCUUGGUAAUCACCGUGAUCUCCGUCUUCAUUGUCAUGGUGGGCAUCCUCGGCCUGGUGGGCUUCUUGAGAUACCGGCAGCACAACAGCCGCAUGGAAUUCCGGCGCCUGCAGGACCUGCCCAUGGUCCCUCUCCUUCCAUCCAGGGUUUGAAUCAAGACAGCAAGUCUCAAGGUUGGGCACUAAAGAAGCUCUCUGCCUUCCCCUCACUCUGCAGGGGAACGCUAAGAGGUUAAAUAGAGGGAGGAAGGAGAGCUCCAUCCAAACCUGUCCUGAAAUGACACCUUCCUAGCCUCUUCUCCUGUCUUCUGAUAUAUUUGCUUUGUGACUGUGACAAAGCAGAUCCUGUGCUGUGUUCCAAGGCGGUUGUCUGUCUGUCUGUCUGUCUGUCUGCAUUUGACCCUUUGGGAAUAUAAAAAAAAUAUGAGGGCUUUAGAGGGUGAAUUAGCUCUGGGGAAGCUGCAACUAACUCCUGUGCUUUCUGGGACAGAGGAGCACGGGAGCUAGCAAACAACCUGAUGCUGUUUCAAGCAAGCUGAUGCUGUUUCAAGCUGAGUGGAGUUUUCAACAGCCGGGGUUUUCCACAUCCCUGCAGCGGGCAGGCAGUUCCUGCACACACCUCUUCUCUCCAACUGCCAGAGCAGGAAGGAGAGUGGCAGCCCAAAUACCCAGCAGCUGCGCAGGGACAGCGUUUAGGUGGAUGGCUGAGCAGAUGGCCACACUGUGACAGUGUGGAGAGAAGGCUGUGCUGCCUGCACAGCUCUCUUCCAGGCUGGCACUGUACUGCCAUGUGCAGACACCUCAUUAAAGCACUCUUCUCUGC